AUGCCUGGUAUCGCGAACUUGCCUCCGACAAUGAAGGCCCUCAUCGCCGGUGAGGACCUUGGAUAUGAAGUGUCGGAUAAGUUACCGAUCCCAACCCUUCUGGACCAUGAAGUCCUCGUUAAGGUUGAGAGGAUAGGAUUGAAUCCCGUCGAUACCAAGCUUAUGGGUUCUGAGUUCGUGACUCCUGGUCUUAUCUGGGGCUUCGACUGCGCUGGUCGCGUCGUUGCCAUUGGUAAGGAUGGUCACCGUAAUCUGAAGAUCGGCGACCGUGUGUGCGGUAGUGCUAGUGGAAUGAACAAAUUCAAGCCUGAGGGCGGUGCCUUCGCUGAAUAUAUUAAACUUGAUAAUGUUCUGGCCUUGAAGGUUCCAGAGCAUAUGACUAUGGAAGAGGCUGCCACUCUGGGAACGGCUCUUGCUUCGGCUUGUAUGUCUAUGUUCUGGGCUAUGCCCUGGUCUCUUGGCCUUCUGGAUGGUGAGAGGCCAGAGGGAGGACUCGCCCCUGUUCUGGUAUAUGGUGGCAGUACUGCGACUGGUACUAUGAUCAUGCAGUUCUUGAAAUACUGUGGCUUCCCUAUUAUUACGACUUGCUCGCCCCACAACUUCGAUCUAGUCAAGUCUUACGGUGCGGACUACGUGUACGACUACAAGUCUGAGAACUGCGCCCAAAAGAUCCGUGAGGAUUACGGCAACUGCUUGGAGUGGGUCAUUGACUGUAUCUCCGAAGAUCACUCGAUGCGUUUCUGUUACGCUGCCAUGGGCCGUGCCGGUGGUAACUAUGUCGCGCUGAACCCUAUCAACGAUACUCUGGCUUCUAAGCGCAAGGUUAUCACCCCGGACUGGAUUCUGGCUACCCGUAUUGCUGGUGACCCUUGUGCCUGGCCUGCUCCUUUCAAGUGCGAGCCUGAGCCCCGUCUUCGUGCACUGUGUGACCCUUGGUUCGAUCGUCUCCAGCACAUGCUGGACACUGGAGCGAUCAAGCCCCACCCACUGCAGCUCGAGCCUAAUGGACUGGCAGGUGUGAAGGAAGGUGUGCAGAAGCUUCGUCGCGGUGAGAUCUCUGGUACCAAGCUGGUCUACUCUGUCCCAUAA